AUGCGUUAUAUUCCUACUAUUUUGGAUGUUAUGUGUUACCAUGACAAGGCUAAUGUCUCGUCAACAUCUUCACAAAUAUCUGUAUCAUCUCCAUUUAUAUUUGAUAUUGCUCGAUUAAAAAAUGAUGAAUUAAUCUAUAAAGAAGAAAACAUCUCCGAUGAAGCUCGUCUUUAUUUCGAUAAUAAUCGUAGUAAAUUACAGCGU